GUUCAAGUUAUAAUUUCUCGUCUUGUACGUACACGUAGAUAUAUCGCGUGCGGAAUGCUGAAUAUAUAGUUGACGAAAACAUAAAAAAGAGCGAUAAAUCACGGCCGGAGAGGAUUUACGAGAUUGAUGAUCUUUAUGAGAUUUAUAUUUCGAUCUUUUUUCUUAGAUCGUAAUUUACUGAUUAUCUUGAAAUGAGGAUGGAAGAAAAAGGAGUGAUUAUCAGUGUUUAUGUUGAAUCUUUAUCAACCACAGAUUCACAAUAUAGAUCUGAUCCAUUGAAAAGAACAGCAAGAAGAAGAGGAUACGAUCGUCGAGCACAACUCUUGGACUAUGCUCAUGAGUUAAGGCAUGCCAACUCUACAUACCCUCGAUGUACGUCCGAUAAUUCAAAACAAAAGCAAAAGAAAAGGAGAUGGACAAGAAGGAUAGGAUUGCCAAUUUCCUGUUUAUUUCGUCGAAAAAAUAAGCAGAGGAGGUAUGAACAGAUGGGAAGAGAAGAUUCCUGUGAUGCUGAAGAGACAUGCUAUCAAAGAGGGUCCAAAGGAAAAAAGAUGAGCGGAGCAAAUGAGAAAGUCACGUCUGGUUUUUGUACGAGAUUGAAGUGUUUCCUGAAAGAUAUCUCAUCCAUCUGGCAAUUUGGCAAGCACUAAUCAUGAUCAGCUUGCUUAUUUGAUGGAUAUAUUUUUUGAUACUGAUUUUCAAUUUCCUCGUCUUUUCCAUCUUUUGUGGUUUACGGUAACUUUAUGCAAUUGUGGAAUUCCGAGAAAGUUUUUUGGCUAGUUCAAGAUUAAAUAUGACUUGCUUAGGGACCUUAGGAUGCGGUCUGGAUUGUUUCUCUCUCGACUUUGCAUCUAAGGGUGGUAAUUUGAAGUAAAAAUUGCACGAGGCGCCCUAUUUGGUCACCCUCAUUUAACUUA